AUGGCGGGAGCAAGGACGACAACGUCGUGGUGCAGCCACUGCGGCGUGGGCCUCGCCGCGCCGCCCGGGUCCGCCUCCAGCGUCCGGUGCGCGUUCUGCCACCGGGUGACGCGCGUCGAGCACCACCGUGGCGUGGGCGAGAGCGCCAUCACGCUGGCGGCCCCGUCGCCGCCGCGUCCGCCGUGCUCUGCGAGGCGCGAGCUUCCGGCGGGAUACCCCAGGGUGAGCGGCAAGAAGCGCGCGCUCCUCGUCGGCGUCAGCUACACGGGCACCCCGCACGAACUCCGGGGCACCGUCAACGACGUCAAGGAAAUGAGGCGCCUCCUCUGCGACAAGUUCGGGUUCCCGAGUGGCUGCAUCCUGGAGCUCACCGAGAAGGAGACCGAUCCGUAUAGGGUGCCGACGCGGGAGAACCUGCUGCUGGCGAUGCGGUGGCUGGUGGAAGGGUGCGCCGCCGGAGAUUCGCUCGCGUUCCACUUUUCCGGCCACGCCGUGCAGAAGCUGGACUCCAACGACGACGAGAUGGAUGGCUACAACGAGGCGCUGUGUCCGGUGGACUUCGAGCAGAGCGGCAAGAUUCUGGACGACGAGAUCAACGAGACCAUUGUCAAGCCGCUCGGCAGGGGCGUGAAGCUUCACGCCAUCGUGGACACCUGCCACAGCGGCACCAUCCUCGACCUCCCUUACCUCUGCCGCCUAUCAAGAACCGGGUAUAGGCAGUGGGAGAAUCACUGCCGCCCUUCGGGGAUGGCAAAGCGCCCGAACGGAGGCCUGGCCAUCUCCAUCAGCGGCUGCAGCGACGACCAGAAGUCCGCAGACGCCAGCGGAUUUUCUGAAUCGGCUUCGAUCGGCGCCAUGACGGACAGCUUCAUCAAAGCCGUGGAGGCUGAGCCCGGGACGACGUACGGGCGCCUGCUGAGCGCGAUGAGGGCGAGGAUCCGCGACGGCCAGGGGAGCCGCCGCCUCGCCGGGCGGUUCGGCUCGUUCGUCCGCAGGAUGAUCCCCUCCAAUAGCGUGGUGCAGGAGCCUCAGCUGUGCUCCUCAGAGCCUUUUGACAUCUACCGGAAGCCAUUCCUCCUUUGAUUGAGAUGCUUGUCCAACAUCUACAACGUACUAAUUCGGGAGUUGAUUCGAGUGUUAUGACGGUGUGCAGCUCGAUCAGCUUGAUGCUGCUUCAAUCAGUGUAACUCUGGCAACAUGUAUUGAUGUAUACUCCGGUCUGGUUAAAAGUUACACCGUCAUCAAAUGGAUGGGGUUGCGUGAAACGCCUUCGGCAUGCGAGCAUAAUCCAUAGUAAACAUCAAACUAGGCUAGCAGUUCGAUGACUAAGGGUGCAUUUUAUUGGAGAACAAUAUUACAUGAGAUAUGACUAUUUAUAUUUUGUUGGA